UGGGGGAAAACAGGAGACAAUAAACGCCUUCAUGGGGGGAAUAAAGCCCUGGAGAGAAGCAGAGAAGACAGAAUUCCAUCAAGGAAAGUUACCAAAGUAGCUAGGGAUGAGGAAGCUGGAGUUCAGAGGCGUUAAGUACCUGCUAAAAGGUACACGGCUGAUGAAUGUCCGGGGUGGGCUCCUGAGCACAGUCCUUUUCCUUCAACCAAGGCCUUCUCGGAGCAGUUUCCUCACCCUCCUAAGGCGGCACCAUUCACUUUGCCUGCAAGCUGCUGCUGUUCGUUCCUGAGAUGAGCUCAUCUGAAAUGGCUCCAAGGACCUCAGUGGCAGGAACUGGAGGAAGCUUGCUCUCUGCUGUGGUCAUGUUUUGAAACAGGCAAAAUCAGAUUUUAUCAUGUGGGCAACCUGCUGCAACUGGUUCUGCUUGGAUGGACAGCCUGAGGAGGCCCCACCGGCCCAGGGAGCCAGGACGCAGGCCUAUUCCAACCCUGGGUACAGCUCCUUCCCUUCCCCAACAGGCUCGGAACCAAGCUGCAAGGCUUGUGGGGCCCACUUCGCAAACACGGCCAGGAAGCAGACCUGCCUGGACUGCAAGAAGAAUUUCUGCAUGACCUGUUCAAGCCAAGUGGGGAACGGUCCCCACCUCUGCCUCCUCUGCCAGCGGGUCCGAGCCACAGCCUUUCGGCGGGAGGAGCUCAUGAAGAUGAAGGUGAAGGACCUGAGGGACUAUCUCAGCCUCCAUGACAUCUCUACCGAAGUGUGCCGAGAGAAAGAGGAGCUGGUGCUCUUGGUGCUUGACCAGCAGGAGGGCAGGACUCACGCCCCCCCCUUGUCCCCGGACUUCCCCGAGCAGCAGGCCUUCCUGGCCCAGCCUCAUGCCGGCACAGUACCUCCUACCUCGGCGAGCCUCCCCUCUUCGCCCACACAAGCCACGUCUGUGUCCCCGGCCCCGGCUCAGGAAAGCCAGCAGGCCAAUGGCCAUGUGUCUCAGGACCAAGAGGAACCCGUCUACCUGGAGAGCACAGCCAGAGCACCUGCUGAGGAUGAGACCCAGUCUGUCGACUCAGAGGACGGCUUCGUCCCGGGCCGGCGGGCCUCUCUGUCUGACCUCACCGACCUGGAGGACAUUGAAGGUCUGACCGUGCGGCAGCUGAAAGAGAUCCUGGCGCGCAACUUCGUCAACUACAAGGGCUGCUGCGAGAAGUGGGAGCUGAUGGAGAGGGUGACGCGGCUGUACAAGGACCAGAAGGGGCUCCAGCACCUGGUGUGUGGUGCUGAAGACCAAAACGGUACGUAGUUGCUUCUGCUUGGGACCGUGCUUAGGCUCUGAGCCCUGCGGCCCUUCCCGUCCGCCAACCCUGCUUUCUCUUAGCAGUCUAAGAAUUCUAAGCGUAGUGGCGUCCAGAGAGUGAGUUGGGGGAAAUGCACGGGGAAGCAGGGCUUCUCAGCAUCUUUAAAAAUCCUCAUUCUUGCCUCACCAGGAAGGGUGAAGAGUGGCAGCAGACCCAGGGACAGCUUGAUUUGCAUGUCUCGGGGCUGCCAGAGCUCAGGAGUGAGGAUUUGUAAAAUAUUUAGCAAAGUGAGUGGUGGCAUGUGUCACAUCCGGUUCAUUUUUCAUACCCCUGCUGCUACGGCACUCCUUCCCCUACGGUUUUCACUCCGUUUUGGUCCGAGUGGGGAGGGUCCCUGUGGACCUUCAGGGAGAUCACUUGGGAUGCUUGACAACUUCUGGGACCAACCAAAAAUAAAGGGAGGUGACCUGAGCCUUGUUUGUACAGGGCUGGGCGGUGGCUAGAGCUGCUCUGGGGACAGAGCAGGAAAGGGGUCACCUGUGUGCUCUCUGGACACGAGGCACAUAUACCACCUCAGCUGCCACACACCCAUCAGUGUGUUCAAGACCACCACGGGGCCUUUUGCUCAGAAUGGGGCAGUCUUCCGGCUGAUAAAUCCUGAAGAGCUGAUUUCUUAGCUCCCCAAAACCCUUGUGGGUUCUAGUCCCCCCUCCCCAGUACCAAGAUCGGGCUGUUCCACUUGCUGUCUUGCCGCCUUUGUUUUGUUUUAAAGAUUUUAUUUAUUUGAGA